UUGAACGCCUCUGUCAUGGCGGCCUUCUUUAUGACUCUACGCAGAUGUUGCCAACGGUCGACUCUCCUUGUGGUUGCAAGGCGACCGUGGAGCUCGAGCUCGGCGUCCUCUCCUCCUCUGCACACGAGAUUCCUCCUCUUCCUCACCCAGCGUUUCUAUGACGUAGAGAUGCUCCUCAGCUGGGGGUCUCAGCAGAGGAGGAAGGGGAUCCAGAGGAGGAACGCAUACUUCGGCUACACUCGGGGUUUAUAUGGCGCAGACAUAGCAGCAGCGUAUUAUAUCUUGAGUCUGAGGGGAGGAUUUAGGUAUGUUGGCCAGUCAGACUGGUUCCGUGCAGACCGGAGAGGCAAAUUCAACUGGGACUUCUUGACUCACAAAGACACACCGCUAGAGGAAGUGAACAUGAGCUACACGGUCAUCAACUACAGCGGACUGGGGAACCUGAAGGGGCAGAAAUCUUUGCGGACUCUGUCAGUACGAGGGUGUCCUGAAGUGGACGACUGGUUCCUGGCCAGGCUCCAUGUGUUCCAGGACUCUCUGGAGGAACUGGACAUCUCUCAUUGCCCUCACAUCACUAUAGGUGGCCUGUCCGCACUCAAGAAUCUCAAGGGACUGCGGCGUCUGGACGUGUCGUCCCUCCCUCGGAUCUCGAGUCCUGGGUUGGUCGUCAUCCUGCUGGAGGAGAUGUUACCGCACUGCCAGAUCAUCGCUACCGGCUACGACCACAGCCUGAGGCAGGAGGAAGGAGAGGAGAUGGAAGAGCAAGGGCAGAGGAGGUAGGGAACGGGCAGGAACGGGAGUCAGAGGAGUCAAGAGACUGUGUUCGGAAAGAGAGAGUCCUCUGAGAGAGAACCUGAAAGACAUGUAGAGAAAACAUCUUGCAGCAAUUCAACCAUCACAGCUUAUUUUCUGGUUCGGAUCAAUUUGGUUGAUCCCGCCUCCCAGCCUUGUUCUCGGACUCAUUCAUAUGAACGGACGAAGGAAAUAUCUCUGGAUUUUUACAACUUUUAGGACCUUAUGAUUUAAAUAAGGGCUGAUCAUGUGUUCUCACCGGGAAGUGUAUUUACCUUUUUUAAAAAGAAAUAUCCACUGAGUUACAGACGUCUCUUUCCCUACUCAGUCUAUGGGAAAAAGUAUUUUUGGGCCAAUAGGGCAUCACAUGACGGACCUGGAAAUUCCACCAUUUGUUCACUUUGUAAAAGUAGCUUCAAAGCAUGAACUAGUUAUAGACUCGUAUUUGAUUUACACUGUCAACGUCCAACUAGACAUGAGCAUGCGAAAAACGAAAAAAAAUACUGUAAGUGUGGAAGAAGUUUGUUGGAUCAUUUGUCUUUGAAAUGUAAAAUACAAUACAUGUCAUCACAGUCUGCUCGUGUUGUUUCCACCCCAGAAUCAACUUGUUGUCUCGACUGUACACAUGUAUGAUGUAAAUGCAAAAUCAGCUCUUUUUCAAGGAAAUUAAGCUUUGUCUGUAAAUGUGGUAAAUGUUGUUUUAUUUGCUGGAAUGUAAAUGUGCAGAAUAAAGAUUUUAGUUUUUAAUA